AUGGAAGCCACUGGAGAAGCUAAUAUCGAUAGCUUGUUGGAUAAAAUUAAACCACCACUACUCGAAGAUGCGGGUCUUGAGGAUUGUGCACUGCCUCUGGACUCCAUACAAGAAUUCUUCCUGAAGGCGGCCACCAUUGUCCGCUCACAUAUUUUCCACAAUUUCGAUGAUGAAUCAGAAGGAGAUUGCAUCAAUGAUCCAUGGCCUGGAAACGAAUCUGGAGGUGAUAGACUCAUUGGAAUCACAACCGAGGUUGAUCCUUCUGGUGCUUGUGCUCCAAAGAAAGGCGGUGAGUUGUCGGAGAUGAUAGGAGAUGAUGUUGUUACCUUCAGUAGGGAGGGUAUGCCAGAUAAGGUGGUGGAAUCGGAGGUGCCUGAGGAGGCAGAAAAGUCAUGUGUUGACGGACUACAAGGAUUAAAAAUUGGAGACAAAAAGGUUAACGGAGAAAUUGAAGGUAAGAAAUCUGAAAGUGGUAAGAAAUUAAACGAGGAUGAUGAAGAAGACGAUGAGAGAAUCCCGGUUUUGGCUGAAGUUUGUAUAUGA